UGGCGGUUUUGGGCCCAUUUGGGUGCGAAUUGAGUGAAAAUGGGUGUUAAUUUUGUGUGGUUUCGACACAAAAAACGGUUUUUUGCAUGUGGGCAUUUUUUGCCGUUUCCCGGUCGAUUUUACAGCGCAUCUAGGAAGGCCGACCUGGGGGAUGCCUACAAGCCGGGUGUUGUGGAAUCUGAAGAGAGGGAAUGUUGUGACUACUUCAGGCCUAAGGCUAGGUCAAGUCAGACGUUUAGUAUGAUUUUGCCUCCGCCAAAUAUCACCGGGAGUCUUCAUUUGGGGCACGCGUUGACUGCGACCGUCCAGGAUGUGAUAGUGCGCUGGAAACGUAUGGAGGGUGUGGAUUGUGUCUGGGUGCCGGGGAUUGACCAUGCAGGGAUUGCCACCCAAGUGGUGGUAGAGAAGCUCCUCUGGGGCGAAAAGGGCCAAAGUAGGCACGAUUUAGGGCGCGAGCGGUUCCAGGCUCGUGUCUGGAACUGGAAGGAGGAGAAAGAAGCCGUGAUAGAAAGUCAGUUGCGUCGUUUGGGGGCUUGUCUGGACUGGUCUCGCAAAGUCUUCACCAUGGACCCAAAGCAGUCGCAAGCCGUUGCACAAGCUUUUAUUAAAUUGUUCGAGUCUGGGUUAAUAUACCGGGCGGACCAUUUGGUGAAUUGGUCAUGUAGUCUCCAAUCGGCCAUCUCCGAUAUAGAAGUGGACCACUUGGAGGUGAUCAAAGCCACCAAGAUCGCAGUGCCCAACUGUGACAAAGCUGUCGAGUUUGGAACUUUGACUCGUUUUGCUUAUAAAGUUUGCGAUUCGGACGAGGACGAAGUUGUGGUGGCUACAACUCGGCCUGAGACUAUGUUGGGGGACGUGGCUGUGGCGGUGAAUCCCCGAGAUGGACGAUAUAGUCGAUUUGUUGGGCGGUUUUUAUGGCAUCCGUUCCGAAAGGUGAAAAUUCCGGUGAUUUGUGACGAUUUUGUCGAUCCGGAGUUCGGAACUGGUGCCGUGAAGGUGACCCCAGCCCACGACCCCGUGGACUUCGAGGUGGGCAAACGGCACUCGCUGGCCCUCCUUCAAGUGAUCGAUGAAAAGGGCAAUCUCACUCGAAUCUGUGGCGAAUUCGCCGGAAUCGGAAGAUUCGCAGCGAGAGAAGUAAUAUUAUCGCGCUUGGAAAAGUUGCAACUGCUGAGAGGCAGAGAGGACCACAAGAUGCUUGUUCCAAUUUGCAGCCGCUCCAAGGACAUUGUCGAGCACCUGGUGAAGCCUCAGUGGUUCAUCAAGUGCGCGGAAAUGGCUAAAGAGGCCGUCGAGGACGUGGAAAGCGGCCGAUUGACGAUUGAACCGAAACAUUUCGAGAAGGUCUGGUUCGAUUGGCUUGGAAAUAUCAGAGACUGGUGUAUCUCGCGCCAGCUCUGGUGGGGCCACCGCAUCCCUGCCUUCUCCUGCAGACCUCAGGACGGCUCAGCCCCUGCGAUAUGGGUCCCAGCAAUGGACCAAAACUCAGCCCUUCGCAAAGCCUCAGCCCACUUCUCCUGCCCUCAGCUCGAAAUCCAGCAGGACGAAGAUGUCCUUGACACCUGGUUCUCAUCAGCCCUUCUCCCCUUCUCAGUAUGGCGCUCGCAACAGGAGUCCCCGAAUUAUCCCCUGGAUUUGAUGGAAACCGGUCACGACAUCCUGUUUUUCUGGGUGGCUCGUAUGGUCAUGUUGGGCAAACAGCUCACGGGGCGGCUGCCCUUUGAGCGGGUGCUCCUGCAUGGGAUCAUCCGGGACGCCCACGGCAGGAAGAUGUCGAAGAGUUUGGGGAACGUGAUCUUGCCCGAGGAGGUGAUUUGCGGGACGACGUCAGAGAAAUUGGAAGAGGGGUCGAGGUUGAGUCAUGAGGCUGGGAUUUUAUCGAAGGAGGAGUUGACUAAAGCGCUCGAAGGUCAGAAGAAGAUGUUUCCUUCCGGGAUUCCGGAGUGCGGAGCGGAUGCGCUUAGAUUUACGCUUUGUUCGCACAAUAUUAAGAGCCAUUUCAUCGAUUUCGACGUGCAAGAGUGUCACACGAACAGAUUGUUCUGCAACAAGAUCUGGCAAGCGACCAAAUUUACCAAUAAUGCAGUGGAGACGGCGAGGGAAUGGCUGGGGCCCAUAGACACCCAUCAACUGGGGCUAAUGGAUCGCUGGAUUCUGAGCAAAUUGAGCGGAAUGGUGGAUGUGUGCCGGCAAGGGAUGCAUAAUCACGACUUCCAUCAAGUCACGGCGGCGAUCAAGGAGUUUCUCUACUUCCAGUUUUGCGACGUCUAUCUGGAGACGACCAAGAGGGCUUUCAAACUGUCAGAGAGAGGAAAUGCCGCCGGACAUUGCUGGACCUUGACGCAUUGCCUCGAUACGGCCCUAAGGGCCCUUGCACCCUUUAUGCCACGACUGGCCCAACAUUUGCACCAAAGACUUGAAACCUAUCCUGGCACUGAACGCAAUUUUUACUACCCUAAAGAUUUAAAUUUGCGAGACGUGAAGUUAGAAGAGGACGUUUCGAAAGUGAUGGAAGUGGUUGUGGGGAUCAGACGGUUGAAGAAACUCUUCGGAGUUGCCGCCAAACACAAACCUGAAGUUUAUUUGUUGGGGGAUGGGUCAUUUUUCGCCCCCUUCCUCCCCGUGAUGGAAGCCCUCUCCAUCUGCCCUUUGGUAACGCUUGCACCACCUCCCAAAGACACAGUUUGUGACCGCGUUGGAGACACUCACAUUCACCUAGUCGUUCCUCCAGAAUUACGCAAAGCUUUCGAAUUAGAUUUGCCAAAAUUAGAGGACAAGAAGACGAAAUUAGUCAAGGAAUUGGCCAAAAUGAACAAAAUGCUCUCGGGGGAGAAUUACAAGCUUAAAGCAACCCCUGAAGCUCAGAAAUCUCAUGCUAAGAAGAUUGCCGUUUUGGAGGAGAAAUUGGCUCGGAUCAAUCACAUUCAGAGUCUUUCGAAAUCGUAGUAAUUUAAGUUAAUUUUGUACGAAAUAAAUUGUUUCCAUUUG